AUGCCAGUCUUUUAUAGGGUCGAAGACAUUGUCGAUAAAGCCAGAUCUCGAAAACCACCGAGGCGCAAAAAUGAACCACAAGCGACUCACGUGAAGCGUGACAUGAGCCGCUGGCAUUAUCCAACUGGUUAUCCUCGUCCGCAUUUCGAUACCUCUGUAGAAUACUCCUUGGAUAAGAGGAAAAGAUGGGAAGAGAUCCGCGAAAUUCAAGAAGACCUUGAAAGGAAUACUACUCAAGCCGUCGUCAACCUUUGGACACCUUUCAGAGGCUCCAUCUGGUGGUAUAUGUUCAGUGGGGCUGUUGACUUGGCCAAACUCAGUCGGCGGAUCCUUUGCGAAGCAGCCGUGAAAGGAAAGUCGAAGAAUAUGACUCUGGUAUCACAAGUCAGCUCACCAGAGCUUGAGGAGCCUAUUUUCAAAUUCAGCAUCGUUCGCUGCUACAGCGACUCCACCUACCAUUCACAAUGUUGA